CUAAAUAGAAAAUUAUUGUUCAUCCUCCUUGUGCUUUGUUGGUGAUUUUUGGUGUAUUUUCUGUCCACCUUUGAUCGAGCUACGUGACCAAACCUUGUAUUCUCCUUUGCAUUUCUGCAGAGUUGACUUGUUUUGUGGGUUAAUUCACUGCAAAACCUCUCCUUUCCUUUUCUUUUGAUCCUCUUCGUCUGUUUGUUUAAAUAAGAUGAAUGAUAGAUACAUUGACAAUUGGGAGAGGCUAGUUACAGCUACUCCACGGAGAGAGGAGCUUCGGGAACUUGCUCGUGCACACUCCAGGGACCCCAGCCUUGCCUCUAUUUCGUCAGAUUCCAGUUUCACCUCUUCACUUCACGAUCAUUUGUAGGACCCUGAAGGUGCAUCUCUUAUACUUUUUGUGAUAAUGACGCAAUUAGGACGUCAUGACGAUUAACUGGUGAUAAUUCUAUAUAAAUUUUUAUUUUUUCUUCUUUCACUACCAAAUUACUCAUUUUAAAUAUUUUGUUUAUGGACAUUGGAGUCUUUGGGGGUCCUAUCUUUUCUGUGAGAUCAUUUUGCACUUGCAAAAAUGUACAUGUAAACAAAUUUGUUUUAUGGUUAUGCCUGUGAAUACCGGUAGUUUAUGUUUAUGCUGCUAUGAUUCAUUUGCAUAAAUUCUCCAAAUCCAACAUUGCUUCAGCUUCUUCCAGCUCAAGCAUCCCUCUUCUGACUCCAAGUCCUGAAGAUAGGAUAUUGCAGUUGCGUGAUGCAAUGCCUAUUUCUUUCAAUGAAUUAAAAUAUGCGACCAGAAACUUUCAUCCUGACAAUAUUUUAGGGGAAGGACAAUUUGGUCGUGUUUUUAAAGGAGGGAUCAACAUACACACUCUUACUGCUGCAGAGCCAGAAUAUGGAAUGGUUGUUGCUAUCAGGAGGUGUAAUGGUAUGCCAGGGUUCAAGGAAUGGUUGGAGGAAAUGGAUUAUCUGUCGCAAUUUCAUCAUCCAAACCUGAUUAAACUUCUUGCUUACUGUGACGACGGUGUCUACAAGCUAUUGGUAUUUGAGUUCAUGCCAGAAGGAAGCUUGUCUAACCAUUUGUUCAAAGGAGGGCGUCAGCAUCUUUCUUGGGAUAAAAGAAUCAUGGUGGCCAUUGGUGCUGCAAGGGGUCUUUCUUUCUUUCAUGAUGUUGGAAACAAAGUGACAAGUAAAAACUUUAAGUCUUCAAACAUUCUUUUAGAUGAGGAAUUUAAUGUCAAGCUGUCCGACUUUGGUUUUGCUGAAGCAGUGAGAAUUCCUUAUGAGACUCCAUUGGGUAGUUUCUACGUUCCAUGGGAUUACAUUGGCUAUGCUUCACCGGAUUACAAAGCUUCAGGUUAUUGGUCAAAAGAACGUGAUGUAUAUGCCUUUGGGGUUGUUUUACUAGAAUUACUAUGUGGACGUCAGGCUUUUGAUAGAAGAAGAAAUCUGAUUGACUGGGUGAAACCGUAUUUGUCUAACAACCAAAGAGUGCACAAGGUUAUGGACCCUCUAUUGGAUGUCAAAUACCCACAUAAAGGAGUUCUUCGUUUUGUAAAGCUUGCUUUGUGGUGCUUGAGCGAAGAUCCCCAUUUCGGGCCAAACAUGGCAGAGGUUUUAGCAGUACUUGAACGAAUCAAAGGUCUGUCCUAAAUUUAAAGUUCUUUGAACUUCAGUUUGUAUAUCAAUAAAGAAAAAAUUCUAAUAUGACAUCUUCAGCGCCUCUGCUAUCAUUGUAUGAGAAGUGUCAUGGUGUAAGGCUAAUUGCAGUUACUGGCAACUUGCAAAUAAAAUGACAUGUUACCAAACCCAAA